AUGGCUCUCUUUAAGGUGAUAAUUGCAAUCUUCUUCACUUUGGCUCUCGCCAACUUUCAGCUUUCUUCAUGCCAUGUGCUAAAGGGUUCAGUCACUUGCCUAGACUGUGAUGGUCACUUUGAUCUCUCAGGCAUUAAGGUUCAAGUGAAGUGCGGCCAAAGGACCAGGCUUGCCAUGGCAACAACAGAAGCAGAUGGCUCAUUCCAGACCGACCUUCCGGUUGAGUCUCCGACAUCACCGGCUUCAUUCGACUGCCUUGCCAGGAUACUAGGUGGUCCAAACCAGCUCUACACUUCUAGGAAAGACAUGGUGACCACCAUUGUUAAAUCCCAAGAAUCUGAUCAGUCUUGCACUAUCUCCAAGCCUCUUAGCUUCUAUGCAUCAUGCCCUAAGGAUGGAAAAUGUGCAGCCAAAGGAUCUGAGUUUGGGUCAUCCAAGACCAUUGAUCUGCCUCUACCAAAAGAGUGGGGAAUGGCACCAUCUAGCUAUUAUAUUCCUUUCUUACCCAUCAUAGGCAUACCCUAA